GCACCGCGCUCCGGGGAGCCUCCCUGCCCCUCGGGGGCUGCUCGCCCCGGCCGUGCGAGCGCUCGCUGGAGAGGGCAGAGCGGCCGCUGCCUCGCCGUGCCCCGCCGCCGCCCAGCCGCGAAGUUACUUUGUUCGCAGAGUUGCCGCGGAGGCCGGGCUGGUACCCCCGGGCGCCCCGGCCGCUCGUCUCUCGCAUUCCCCCCGCCGUGCUCAGCGUCACCGGCCAACACCGCGAAGGAAGCCCCCGUGGAAAAGCUGUGCGCGCCUUCCUCGAUAGCUUCCCCUCGCACAGCCGGGGGAAGGGGUGAUAGAAGAGGAAGAACUUCCCUUUGUCGUAGGAGAGGACUGAGUGACCUCCAAAGUUUUGUUCCGGGAGGAAACUGCUCGAAUAAGUUUGGUGUUUGGAAGGGGAGCGUGCUGGCCAGGCCGGGGGCUGUCAUGGUGCUGGCCCCCGCAGCAGGGAGAUAGCAGAGAUGGUGGCCUGAGGGCGCUGGCCUCACACGCAGACAUGGCCUUCGCCCAGUCCCACAUCAUGGCAGCCAGGAGGCACCAGCACAGCCGGCUCAUCAUCGAGGUGGAUGAGUACAGCUCCAACCCCACACAGGCUUUCACGUUCUACAACAUUAACCAGGGACGCUUCCAGCCCCCGCAUGUGCAAAUGGUUGAUCCGGUGCCCCAUGAUGCUCCGAAGCCUCCAGGAUAUACAAGAUUUGUCUGUAUUUCUGAUACUCACUCAAGAACUGAUCCCAUCCAAAUGCCAUAUGGAGAUGUGUUAAUACAUGCUGGUGAUUUUACUGAGCUGGGACUUCCUAGUGAAGUAAAAAAAUUCAACGAGUGGCUAGGUAGCCUGCCCUAUGAAUACAAGAUUGUGAUAGCAGGAAAUCAUGAAUUGACCUUUGACCAGGAAUUCAUGGCUGACUUAAUCAAGCAGGACUUUUACUAUUUCCCCUCUGUUUCUAAGCUGAAGCCAGAGAGCUAUGAAAAUGUACAGUCUCUUCUAACAAACUGCAUCUAUCUUCAAGACUCUGAAGUGACAGUGAGGGGAUUCAGAAUAUAUGGCUCCCCUUGGCAACCUUGGUUUUAUGGCUGGGGCUUUAAUCUUCCACGAGGCCAAGCACUACUAGAGAAAUGGAACCUUAUUCCAGAUGGAAUAGAUAUUCUUAUAACACAUGGACCACCUCUUGGUUUUCUAGACUGGGUUCCUAAGAAAAUGCAACGGGUAGGAUGUGUUGAGCUGCUGAACACAGUCCAGCGACGAAUACAGCCAAGGCUUCAUGUUUUUGGACAUAUCCAUGAAGAAAUUAUAAGCCAAGAGAGUUGCAGGGGAUAUAAGCAAAGAGCAAGCCAUGAAGCUUCAAGCAGGUUAUGGUGUCAUGGCAGAUGGAACCACCACCUAUGUGAAUGCUUCUGUGUGCACUGUGAAUUACCAGCCACUUAAUCCGCCUAUAGUUAUUGACUUACCUACUCCAAGGAACACAUGAUUAUAAUGAGGAUUUAAAGUUGUACCCAACACAUAAGCAACUUUAUAAUGCUGGCUGAAAAUCCCAAUAGGGAACCAUUCAACAAAAAAAGCAAAAUCCUUCUUUUUUUCCCUGCUAGUUCUUCACAGAUAAAUUUAGAGUAACAAAAGUGGACAAGGAACAAAGACAUUUUGGUGCCAGAAACAGAUUAAAUACUAACAUUUCACCAUUAAAAUGUUUGUGAACACAGAAAAGUGAGUGCAUUCUACAUAUCUAUAUCUAUAUCUAUAUCUAGAUAUAGAUAUAGAUCUAGAUAUAUAUAUAUGUAUAUGUAUAUAUAUAUCUAGUAGGGGCUUUUGUACAUACCAUAUACUGGACUUAUUAAAAGAACGAUGUCUUUCAAGGGAGUGUUUCUUUAAGAAAGUUUGCAGUUUAAAUGUAAGUGUUUAGACUAGGACUUCUGCAUUUCAGAUGUUUUUCAGUGAGCUCUUGGUAAAAUAAAAAUGAUGGUAAAGAUGUUUUCCCUUAAUCAACAUGGCAAAUAUAAAAGAUGGUGCACAAAUGACAGUCACAGGAGGAAAGCUAUUUCUCCAAGUCCUCCAGGUCUAAGUCUUUGCAUCUAUUCAAAACCAAUGCAAUACAGGCCCUAAUUCACUGUACUGAAAUGAAGUUUUACUACAUCUGGCAUUACAGAUGGCAAGGGAAAUGGUGCAUAUUGCCAGCAUGCUGUAAACAGCUCAACACUCAAGAAGGGAGACUGUUAAGUGCAGUAUAAACUCAGGAAUUUGUAACCUAGCCUUGCCUGUGAAAAAAAAAAAAAAAGAAAAAGGAUGACAUUUCCCUUAAAAAAAAAAAAAAAAGAAGAAAAAUAUAACUGUGUUUUCAUGUGGUAAAGCGGUAUGUUAUUGUAUUUAAGGAAAAAAGAAAGAGAAAGAACCUGCAAAGAGCCCACCCAAUGAUUAGUAAUGGUAUUUUAAAUAAAAGCCACUGGGACCAUUGGUUUAAAAACUGCUAAUGGGACAUGCAGCCAAUGAUGAGAUUACUGGUUUGAAUUUGGCCCUGGCAGGAGUGGUUAAAUGUUAUUGUGAUCAUUUUGUCCUUGGGAAACAUGGAUGUCAAGGGGAAGGCAUCAACCCAAGGUGUAGUUCAGGCACUCGCUCUUGGGUGGCUGUGAGUGAUGGGUACACACCAAAGUGUGCAGAGCAGAGGUCACCUCAGGGGACCUGGUACUGCUGUUUGCCCACUCAUGGACACUGCUGAGAGAGGCCCAGCACAAACCCAGUAGUGUUGCUUUUGUCACCAGACAAAGCAGGGGACGUGUCAGGAGCUGGUUGAGAUGGUCCACAGCCAUGGUAUUGCCUGUGCAGCUCUCCUGCAGUGCUAGCAGAGGUAUUGAAGCUGCUGGAAUUUUAGUCCUGUCCUCGGCAGAAGCUUAAGAAUUGGUUACAAAGCCACCAAAAAAAACCCAGGGCUUCAGACAUGUCCUGCAAGAAAUAGAUUUCUGCCUUGAACUAACAAACACGUCCUUCUGACUUGAUGGAGAUAAUUUAACUGCUGUAUUCUGAACAUGGGCAUCCUGAAUUUGGGGCUGACAGCAUCUAGACAUUAAUCUUGUUCACAUACAUUGGGCACACCACAGCACUGCCAGCUCAGAGCUGGUUGCAGGUCUGUGCAUAGCCCACACCUGCACACAGGCAUUGGAGAAUUGUGUGUGUUACAUGGAUGUAAAUGUCAGUUUUACGUAGCAGCUGCAUGUACAUUACACAAAUAAACAAUUUAAAAUAUCUGUGUUGCAAAACCAGGCCAUGUGAACUUCAAUUCUGAGCAAGGUGGGCAGUCUGCCAUUAAUUCAGAUGGGGCCACUUUUGCCAGAGCUACUGGUGCAGAAAUUUCAGGAUCAGCUCCUAAAUAGUAAGAACUGCAAUUCAUAGUUGAAUGUGAACUCUUGUCAUCAUUGGGAAGAUGAACAAUAGCAUGUAGUUAGAAUAAAAGUGGCUUGUCUAGUCACAAUUCAAGUGGUUUGCAACAAAUGUGGCAGGAAAUUGGCUGUAUGUUAAAGUCUGAAAUAUUUACGUUCACUCACAGCACUUAAAUGUUAAAGUGAAGGGAAGAGGUCCUUUUAUUAGCCUCAGCAAAAUUUCUAUGUCAACCAUAAAAUAUUCUCUUUAAAAUAAUUUUUCUUAAGGUAUCUUCCAAAUACUGUGUAUUUUUAUGUGGAAAGGAUAUGAAAGCAACUGUUACUUCAGAAUAUCAUUUAAAGUACUUGAGGUAUGAAAGCUUAAAGAUUAUUUAAUCAUUUUGGUAUAACUUGAGUGUUGUAAUUUUUGGUCAAGCAUGUUAGAUGAAUAAAGUCUUAAAAGAACAAAACAACACACAACAAAAAAUAAGGUCUCUUUAUGUGAAGCUCAUGUGAUCAGCUCCAUGUUGGAAUGACUGCCCUCUUCUCCAGGGGUAGAAGGCAGGCUGUGGGACAUUAAAGUUGUUAUGGAGGGCAGUCAGCAGAGGGUGCCCUGCUUUGUCCCCCAGCUUCCAGCCACCACAUCUCCUGCAGAGGGUAAUGAGCUCAAGGUUGGUGUUGCAAAGAGAGGGGAAAACAGGAAUCACUGCCUGUAAUGGAUGUAUUUUGGUGGGAGAGUGUACCAGAUGUGCCUGGGAGGCAGGGAAAAGCUACUGUGGGAGUGCUGCAGCACAGCUCUGGAGAGGUUGGGAACUGGGAUGCCAACUUUUGGGAGUGGGCAGCGUUUGAGGGAAGGAGAGUUCCUGCUCUGAGUUUGGUAUCAGGACACAUCUUCACUGAGAGGGAGGUUAAGGCCAGGUGAAUAAUUUUGUGGGCACAGAAAGACCUGAGUUUCUGAUCUACCUCAGAUAAGGGAGGCCAUGAAAAGGACAAUUUCCACAAAUCCAGCUGUGCAGUUUUCAGCUCUAUUUAAAUUUGGGAUGACCUCUUGAGUAAUUUCCUGCCCCACCUCCCCUUUGCUGACCUUCUCUGAUAUUUAUCCAGGUAGCAGCACUCCUGAAGGAAGGUGUGCUGGUGUGUAUCACUAAUAUGUGCACUCCCAUCACCAGGCAGAAUUGUUGGCUGAGAUUAAUUCUGGUUCAUUUCAGCAAUGAAUAGGGGAGAUAUCACUGCAUGUCAAUGGAAAAAAAAAAUAUGACAAGAUUAUUUUUACCUCUCUCAGUCACAUAUGUCUGAGGAUGUGAAAUGUUCCUUGACUAGAAGGAAGGAGAAGGCUGGAACUCAGCACCCACCCAAGCAGCUGUUUUUGUUGCCCCAGGAAGGAUCAAAAACCUUGUCUCAGGGUCAUGCUGGGGACACAGCAGGUGGGAAGGUGCUCUGGUCUUGCUGCAGGAGGGAGCAGAGGAGAUAAGAAGUGGUUUGUCUUUUCCAGUCACUGACUGCUGCCUACAGCGAAGGCAAAUACUUCAGAGGAAGGAGGAAUGAGACAUCACUUAGAAGGCAAUUUUUGGAAUAAUCUGCCCAGGGGAUCUUUGCCCCCAUCCCAUUUAUUGCUGUUUGUGUGAAAAUUUCUCUCUUAAAAGCUAUAUUAUUGCUCUCUGCUCAAGUAACUCACACAGAGCAAAUAUAACUGCAAAUGGUCUUUCCUUUCAGGUACAUUCCUGUCCCUUUCUUGCAAGUCUCUCUGCAUCUGCAAUUUUAGUGAUAAUUUGGAACAGGGAGCACCCUGGAUGAUUAUGCACAGUGCAUUAGAACAACAUUAUUUUGCUUAUCCUUGUACGUGUGCUGCUGCUGCUUGGGUUUAUUGACUGUCCCUUUAUGUGAAAAGUGAAAUUAAAAUCAUUUCAAUUCUGGCUAGA